AUGCCAGAUCAGAAACAAUCGCAUCAAUCUCUGACGCAAUCCCAGGCACUUUUUUCGACAUUGCCAGCCCCGAAGCGUUACCAGAUGUGGCCGACACAUCGACAUUCACGCGAACCUCUGAACCAUUCAAGCCGGAACGUGUGGCGGCAAUUCUCAAGCUUGUGGAAACGGGACCAGACCUUUCAGAAGACCAACAAGAGGAGGUGCAAGACUUCAUUGCCCGUUACGCUGAUGUCUUUGCACUAUCCAUAUCGGAGGUACUGCCGGUGGAGGGCGCGGCAUAUGCGCCAAAGAUCCCAGCCGACCACAAGUUCAGUACGAAGAUACAUCAGAAACCAAUGA